UAACGCGACGACUUUUGCGGCCUAAAGUGCCCGCCAUAUUGUCUCAGAGGGUAGCGCGGGUCACUGGCGCGUGUGUAUGGUCACUCUUCUUAUUCUCAAUUAAAAAAACAAUAAUAAUAAUAAUAGAGUUCGAUAAAAGUGAGGAAUUAAAAAGCUCAGUUGACACUGGAUACGAACAAACGGGUUACAACAAAUUCGAUUGUGUAUGAUAUAAAAACAGAGUUAUGGAUCCAGCCAAACUGAAAGUGGUUGAGUUACGUGCUGAGUUAUCACAGCGUGGUCUUGACACCAAGGGAAACAAGGCGGUGCUUGUUGAACGACUUCGGAAAGCGUUGGAGGAAAACGAAACCGAGGCUGAAGCUGAGGAAGCAUCUACCCCAGAGCCAGCUCCUCAGGAAAGUCGUUCAAAGACUCCAGAGUCGAACAAGCCGCCCCAGACUCCUUCAAAAGCAUCGACAAGAACCUCGAGGAGUCUCCGAGGAACUCCAGCCAAAGCGUCCUCGAAGACUCCUCCCACUCCCCAGAAGCAGCCUUCACCAGUGAAGCCUCCGGUGGUAGAAAAGCCGGCGUCUCCAAUCAUCGAUAAGGAAACUGAAGCAGCUCUGCUGGAGGAGGACGAGCCCCAGAGUGGUGCAGUGCCGCAGACAGCAGUGGAGGAGUUGACAGAGGCCCCCAAGGUCGACAGCCGGACCCCUCAAGUAGCUGAAGAAGCACCAGAGAUACCACCAGCUCAGCAAGACGACUCCGUUCAAGAGUCCAAGCAAUCGGAAGUAGCUCCAGUCAUUACAGCCUCGUCAGAGGCAUCAGAGCCACCGGAACUACCUGAACAACCUAUCGAGGAACCUAAUGAGGAACCUAAUGAAGAACCUGACAACGAAACUCAAUCAGUUGAACUCCCAGAGGAGCCUGAGGAGAAUGACGAACCGAUUGAUAUCAAGACCGAAGACGGCGAAUCCUCCGAGAGAAAUGACACCCAGACACCUGAAGAUGAGAAUCAGAUGCCUGAGAUGAUGGAAGUGCAGGAGGAGGUCUCGAGUGUCCUUGAGGAGAUCGAGACAGAAACGACUGCAGAAGUGAAGUCAGAGCUCCCAGAGGAGAAGCCAGAGGCUCCAGAGGAGAACCCAGAGCUUCCAGAGAAGCUAGAACUCCCAGAAGAAAAACCAGACGUGCAGAUGAAAGAGGAGAAUUUCAAAAUCGAGAAUGAACACGAAGCGCCAAAAGCCGAGGACAUCAAGCAGCAGGAGGAUAUCAAGCAAGAGGAGGACCAGAGUAGAAAUGACCGUAAAGACCGGAAAAGAAAGCGUUCGACGAGUUCCGAUCACCCCAAGAGUCCUCCGCCUCCGGAGAAAGCCGACGACGAGCCGGAGUUGGAUAACUCCCGGGUUCUCCUGUCCUGGUACGACUCAGACCUCAACUUGGUGAUCGAUAGAUCCACAUUGUUGUCAGCAACACCAAUGCACACCGAUGGCUUUGGGUACGUGUGGGCUGGAGCGAGAGCCUCUUUUGGAUUCACCAGUGGCAAAGUUUACUACGAAGUUAAGGUCAAACACGAGUGUAACAUCACUCUUCAAGACGAAGAGCAUCCCCACCUGGUGCGUGUUGGCUGGUCGGUGGUGCAUAGCUCGAUGCAGCUGGGAGAGGAGAAAUGGAGCUACGGUUAUGGAGGGACUGGUAAGAUAUCCACAGAAAAUGAUUUCAAGGAUUAUGGAUCGCGAUUUGGACUGAAUGACGUGCUUGGUUGUUACUUGGACAUGUCUGGGGAGGAGGUAAGUAUGACUUACAUCCUGAAUGGGAAGAAUCUGGGGACGGCGUUCUCAGUGUCAAAGGCUGAACUCGAGGGUAAGGCCUUGUACCCUCAUAUACUGACGAAGAAUUGUGAAAUCUCAUGUAACUUUGGGGACGAGGAACCGUGGGAUCCCACACCUCUCGAGGGAUUCGUCCCAGUGGGACAGGUGGACAUCAAGGACAGAGUCCCUGGGCCCCUGAGACCCGAGAGGCGAGAGGACUGCGAAAUGAUCAUGAUGUGUGGUCUCCCUGGGGCGGGGAAGACCUACUGGGCUACCAAAUAUGCUCUCGAGCAUCGCGAGAAGAUGUACAAUGUCCUGGGGACCAAUAACCUAAUUGAGAAGAUGAAAGUCACUGGAUUACCGAGGAGGAGGAAUUACCAUGGACGAUGGGACGUCUUAAUUGAUAAAUGCACGAGAUGUCUCAAUAAACUCCUGGACGUCGCUGCCACCAGAAGACGAAACUACAUCCUGGAUCAGACGAAUGUAUAUCCUUCUGCACAGCAACGCAAAAUGAGACAUUUUCAUGGAUUCCAACGUAGGGCAGUUGUCAUUGUACCAACAGACGAGGAAUUCAAGGCGCGUACCGCUAAACGAAUAUCUGUAGAGGGCAAGGAUGUGCCUGAUUCAGCUAUUAUGGAGAUGAAGGCCAACUUUGAGGCACCAGCGGUAGGUAAUAUAUUCGACGUCGUUGACUGGGUUGAGCUCGACAAGGACGAAGGCAAGAAGGUCAUCGCCAUGUACAGAAAAGAGGGCGAAGCUGCUGGUUUCGCACAACAACCGACAACCAAAAGACCGCGAUUUGAGAAAACCACUGAAAGUAACAGAGACCACCGCGAUGUACGACAGAAUCGGGAUAACAGGGACAGGAGAAAUCCUUAUCCAGACAGAAACAGAAAUUCCACGUGGCGUGGUGGGAGCCAGAUGUCAGGUGGUUGGAGAGACAGAGCUCCUCGAGGUGGACACAUGAGGCCACCUGGACCUUAUGGACCACCAGGCGUCUGGAGAGGACGUGGAGGACCACCUGGACCCAUGAAUAGACCCAAUGAGAGACGAGGGGCCCCAAAUGACAGAAGAGGGGGAAGUGAUCGAAGGGGGGCUGGAGCUGGAAGAGGCGGCUGGGGACCCAUGAAUAACAAUUAUAAUUCUGGGUCGUCAGGUGGAUGGGGUGGCUCACAGGGAGGCGUUUGGGCAAGUGGACAGCCUGGGGGAUGGGGCGGUGGACAGGGCUGGGGUGCACAGGGCGGAUGGGGCAGUUGGAAGGGCUAUGGCUCCAAUUCCAACUACAAUCAGAGCAAUUACAAUCAGCAGAGCUAUGGCAAUGGAAACUGGGGUGGCUGGGGUCAACAGUAUUACAAUCAGUAUUGGAGUCAGCAGCAACCAGCCAGUGGACAAUCUAGUACAAGUAGUGGGCAGAGUUCCAUAGCUGGUAUUAAUUCAACGACGCCAGCAUCGACGACAAGCACUGGAUCAUCGUACAAUAACUAUCCCCAAGGAUGGCAAGGUUACACACAAUCGUACAAUUACUCGACAGAUGUUUCGAACACUAGUGUUCAACAAGAAAAGUAGAUUUUGUAAGUAUAAGUGAUUUGUACUUGUUUUUUUUUCCUUCAUUGAAAAAUGAAUGAGGAGUGACGACGAACCGGUAACUGCAUCAUUAGAAUUUAGUUCACACCCACUGGAUUAUGAUAUUUAGCUGUUGUUCAUCUCACCGACAUUGAGUAAUUUCACCUUUAUUUUACACCAUACCGACAUUACCAUUAAUUAAAACUAGUAUAUUUUAAUAUACAAGUGAUAGUAAUUGCUGGAGACGAUGAGUUUGACAUCAGCUGUAUUUUAUCUCAUAUGUUUCACGCAUUUUGAAUACAUCGAUCCUCGACUUGUCUUUAUCAAUGCGUAGAUAAGAACUAAUCUGCACUAUCCAAUUGUCAUUGACUAAAAAUACGCAAUGGUAAUUAAUUACGAUUGAUCAGGGGGCACCACAGUGACAGCGAUUAUAAUCAGUAAACACAUUCAUGGCAAGUUAUGUAAAUAUGUACAGAUCCGCCUAUAAAAAUACAAAAAUAUAAUGGAUAAAUUCGUGGCUGAUUUUCUUGAUGAAUAGAAUUCUUAUCAUUAAACAAUCAAUUUACAUUCCUGUUUACGUAAAAAAAUGUUUACAUAUACAUUUCUUGAUCCAUGAUUUAUCACCUUCUUCAAUGUUUUUUUACAACUGAAAUUUCAUACAACUUCAGCGCACGAUCGAGAAGGAGAACAGUUCAUUCAUUGCCCUUAUUGUUUAUCGAUUCAGUGAGUUUGUGUUCUCAAAUGAAAUUGUGCAUUAAAAGUGGAGUAUUGACACCAUUCGUCCUCAGAGAAAAUUAUAUAAUCCAGUGGAUGCCCAAUAGUACAGACAGAUACGGAUAUUUUGGCAUAAAUGAUUUAUUUAAUCAUUAUUUUUAGUUAUACGUUUCUAAUACUGCAAAUAUUGUUUGCUACUAUUCAUGACUUUCUGGUGAAUGCUGUACAGCGUGAGAGAACUAAAUUUGAGAUUACCGAUAAUUGUCAAAAAAAUUUAAUGUAGAAAUGUAUGAAUAGAAGAGUUUGAAUCACAAUCGAUAAAGAAUGACGUAUGUGAGCUAUAUAUUUUAAGGAGAGCAACAGCAGUCGAAUUUAAGCAAAAUUAUUUAAGUGAAAGUAGAUAUUUAAGUACACUAGUAAUUGGCAAUAAAUGGUAAAAAAAUCUUUUCGAAAUUCACGCAGAGUUGCGUCGAGUCCAAAACAAUCUUUUUAUAAUCGAAGAUGACUCGAUUACCCUAUUUGUUAAUAAGAAUGUAUAAACUCAUUCGUAAAAUAAAGAAGAUGUCUUGUAUAGGUUA